CCUCAGCCGGCUUCUGCAAGCCCGGCGGGGCAGCAGGAUGGUCCUGAUCCUGCCGCACAUACUCAUGGCUGCCCUUCACUUUUUCAGACGGGGCCAGCAGGUCUUCCUGAAGGCGGAGGAGGCGGCGGCCCGAGGCUCGGACACGCUACAGGAUGCCUUGCUGAGCCUGGGCUCCGUCAUUGAUGUCUCCAGCCUCCGGGAAGUCAUCAAAGAUGCCAUCGCUUCGGUGCUCCCCAAAGUGGAAAGAGUGUAUGUCUACCUCCUGGAUGGGGAAAACCGGCUGACGUGCAACGACCCACCCCAUGAGUUGCCACAGGAGGGAAAGCUUGGAGAUGCCGUCCUGCAGCGGAGGAGGGUGGAAUGCAAAGGGCUGCCCCCGGCCGAGUUGCAGGGCAAGCCGAUGGUUGGCCUGGCCGCACCGUUAGCCCCGGAUAAACAAGUGUUGAUCAUCCCCUUGGCGGACAAGGAUGCGGGGAACGUGGUCUGCGUCAUCCUGGUACACUGCAGUCAACUCUCUGAAUCAGAUGAGCUGAACCUUCGCGCUUUAGAGAAGCACAUCCUGGUCUCCUACAAGCGCAUCCAAGCCCUGCAGAAGCUGCAGCCCUGGCCGCAGGUCAGCCUGUCCACCAAUUCGUCACAGAAUUCUCUAGCGAAAACCGAGGGGCCUCCCAAGAACAGCUACAGCGACUUGGACCGCAAGAUCCUCCAGUUGUGCGGCGAACUGUACGACUUGGAUGCAGCCUCACUCCAGCUCAAAGUUAUUAAUUACCUGAAACAAGAGACCCAGUCGCCAUGUUGCUGCCUCCUGUUGGUUUCCGAAGACAACCACCAGCUUUUCUGCCAGGUCGUUGGAGACAAAGUGCUGGAGGAAGAGAUCAGCUUCCCUUUAACGGUCGGGCGUCUGGGGAAGGUUGUGGAGGAGAAGAAAUCGAUCACCCUGCAGGACAUCAGCUUGGAGGAGCAUAAGCAGUUGAACAGCAUGUUGGGAUUUGAGGUGACCGCCAUGCUAUGCGUCCCGGUGAUCAGCAGAGCCACUUCUCAAGUGGUGGCGUUGGCCUGUGCUUUCAACAAGAUCGGCGGAGAGUGCUACACAGAAACGGACGAGCACAAGAUCCAGCACUGCUUCUGCUACACCUCCACGGUGCUGACCAGCACACUGGCCUUCCAGAAGGAGCAGAAACUCAAAUGCGAGUGUCAGGCUCUUCUGCAAGUAGCCAAGAAUCUCUUCACGCACCUCGAUGACGUCUCGGUGCUGCUGCAAGAGAUCAUCACCGAAGCCCGGAAUCUCAGCAACGCCGAAAUAUGCUCUGUAUUCCUGCUGGACAGAAGCAGCCACGAAUUGGUGGCCAAGGUUUUUGACGGGGGCGUGGUGGAUGAUGAGAGCCACGAAUUCCGGAUUCCGGCGGAUCAGGGCAUCGCGGGCCACGUGGCGACCACGGGGAAGAUCCUCAACAUCAAGGACGCCUAUUCGCACCCGCUUUUCUACCGUGGGGUGGACGACAGCACCGGCUUCCGCACCCGGAACAUCCUCUGCUUCCCCAUCAAGGACGAGAACCAGGAGGUCAUUGGAGUGGCUGAGCUGGUGAACAAAAUCAACGGGCCUUGGUUCAGCAAGUUUGACGAGGAUUCUGGCACCGCCUUCUCCAUCUAUUGCGGCAUCAGCAUUGCCCACUCUCUGCUCUACAAGAAGGUCCACGAAGCCCAGUACCGAAGCCACCGCAACGAAAUGAUGAUGUACCACCUGAAGGUUUCAGAUGAUGAAUACACCAAGCUCCUCAACGAAGGAAUCGUGCCCGUUUCAGAAAUUGACCCAAGCUUUGCCAAAUUCACCUACACCCCACGUUCCCUUCCGGAGGACGACACGUCUAUGUGCCAUCUGAGUAUGUUGCAGGACAUGAAUUUCAUCAGCAGCUACAAAAUCAACCGCCAGACCCUUGUCAGGUUCUGCCUGAUGGUGAAAAAGGGGUACAGGGACCCCCCGUACCACAACUGGACCCAUGCCUUCUCCGUCUCCCACUUCUGCUACCUGCUCUACAAAAACCUGGAGCUGGUCAAUUACUUGGAAGACAUCGAAAUCUUCGCUUUGUUCAUCUCCUGCAUGUGCCACGACCUGGACCACAGAGGCACAAACAACUCCUUCCAGGUGGCUUCGAAAUCGGUCUUGGCUGCCCUAUACAGCUCAGAAGGCUCAGUGAUGGAGGCAUCAUUUGCUCAGGCCAUCGCCAUCUUAAACACCCACGGCUGCCACAUCUAUCAUUUCUCUCGGAAGGAUUACCAAAGGAUGCUGGACUUGAUGAGAGACAUUAUCCUGGCUACAGACCUUGCUCACCACUUGAGGAUCUUCAAAGACCUCCAGAAAAUGGCAGAAGUUGGCUACGACCCCAAGAACAAGCAACACCACAGCCUCCUGCUCUGCCUCCUCAUGACCUCGUGCGACCUCUCGGACCAGACCAAAGGCUGGAAGACCACCCGCAAGAUCGCUGAGCUGAUCUACAAGGAGUUCUUCUCCCAAGGAGAUCUGGAGAAGGCCAUGGGCAACCGGCCGAUGGAGAUGAUGGACAGGGAGAAAGCCUACAUCCCCGAGCUGCAGAUCAGCUUCAUGGAGCACAUUGCCAUGCCCAUCUACAAGGUGCUCAACGACCUCUUCCCCAAGUCGGCCGAGCUCUACGAGAGGGUGGCCAGCAACCGGGAGCACUGGAUGAAGGUGUCGCACAAGUUCACCAUCCGGGGCCUCCCCAGCAACAACUCCCUGGACUUUCUGGACGAGGAAUACGACCUGCAAACGAUGGCCGAGAACAACGGCCUCAAGAUGAACGGGUGCCUGGACUCGGAAGACGGCCACAUGGAGGCAGAGUGACGCCCCAAGACACCUCCCCGCUUGGGGCGGGGGGGG